CCAAAAACCAAAGAAAAAAAAAACGGUUGAAGAUGAAAUUGGGAAUGGGCUAACAGCGAGUCUUGCGCGAUCUUAGGCUCGGCAUUGAGAUUGCAAAGACGAUGAGUUUGAAUUAUUCGAACCAAGAAACGAGCGUUACAGUCGGAGAGUCAGUUAGAGACGAAGAUGUUUUCAUCUUGCAAUCAACCGCGCCAGGCGACAUUAACGAUGGCCUCAUGGAGCUUCUCAUCAUGAUUCACGCCUGCCGCACCGCCUCCGCCCGGCGCAUCACCGCCGUCAUACCCAACUUCCCGUACGCCCGGCAGGACAAGAAGGACAAGAGCCGGGCGCCUAUCUCGGCCAAGCUUAUCGCCAACAUGCUGCAGACCGCCGGUUGCAACCACGUCAUCACCAUGGAUCUCCACGCCUCCCAGAUCCAGGGUUUCUUCAACGUCCCCGUCGACAACCUGUACGCCGAGCCGAGCGUCUUGCGAUGGAUUCGGGAAAACCUCGCCGGUGAGGAUACGGUUAUCGUCAGUCCCGAUGCCGGCGGCGCAAAGAGAGCUACAUCUAUAGCCGACCGUCUCGACCGCGGCUUCGCGCUCAUUCACAAGGAGCGCCCGCGCCCCAACGUCGUGGGCAGGAUGGUGCUCGUCGGCGACGUAGUAGACAAGGUUGCAAUUUUAGUCGACGACAUGGCCGACACCUGCGGUACUCUAGCCAAAGCAGCAGCCACCGUCAAGGAGCACGGCGCCCGCGAAGUCAUUGCCGUCGUCACCCACGGCAUUCUCAGCGGCGACGCCAUCAACAUCCUCAACAACAGCUGCUUGAGCCAGAUCGUCGUCACGAAUACCGUGCCCCUCGGCGACAAGGUCCAGCGGUGCAAGAAGCUCAGGGUCAUCGACGUGAGCCCCACGAUAGCCGAAGCUAUCCGACGAACUCACAACGGAGAGAGCGUCAGUUUCUUGUUCACGCAUGCUCCGGUAUAAUAUGUACCUAAUGCUACUCGCACGAGUACAUGUCGGGAGAGAGGAAGAAAAAGAAGAAAAAAAGUGUUACGGGUAAACGAGCCUGCUUGAAGAUAUACGUACUUGCGUUAUUAGAGAAAUCGAUCAGGGUUGGACUCCAUGGUUGCGGGAGUUUGAGAGAUUGCAUUUGGGAAAACCGCUUAUGCGGAAGAAUCAAGACUGGGAACGUCGUAGAGCAUAUAAUUCGAGGUUCAUAUACGUACGGAGUUCAUUAUUUUAUCAUACUGCAUUUG